AUGGUUUAUCGAAGGAUUAGGAGCCUAAUAGUAGAAGCCGUCAAUGACGCUUUACAGGCUAUCAAGGUGGUUGGCACUUCAUCUGCUCGCCACCUUCGAAGUUCCUGGCUUUAUGUCCCAAUAGGCAUCAUGUCGAUGCUCGCCGUCUGUUUUGGCAUGCGAAUAUUCUUCUCAACUGUGGGAAUAUCAUUUCCCCCAUCCGUGGCAUGUAUGAUCAUCUUCUUCAUUCUACUGCUAUGCUGCGAAGCUUUGCUAGGCACGCAUCCAACGAACGCCGUCGUCGGGCUUAUCAAGGUGCCGGGAGACUGGGCAUUGAAAUGGAUCAACAUUUUCUUCGCCCCUGCAUUCAUAAUGCUUCCUACUAGUCCUCCAAUUGCCAUUUCUGAGGUGAUGAAGAUCAUCGCCGUAUUCUGUGAGUCGAUUCAAGUGCUGAAAGAGUAG